AUGGAAGAUAAUGGCGAACCAGCGUCUAAGAGACAUAAGGGACAGCCUGAUUCUGACAGAACACCCCGAGCUCCACGAAGUCGACAAGUUAAAGGUUUCCCACAGGCAACAGGCUCUCCGGGUUUUGCCUUGCUGCCCGAUUCAACAUCGCAAUCAACGCAAUCACAAGCAUCAGGACGAUCAUCACCUUCAAAACAACUUGCAACCCUUGAAAUUGAUCCAAAAGGAAUUAUACCACGUUCUUUUACGAUGAGUGAUUCGCGAUUGCCACCUAACCUUGGCCAGAUACUUGAGGAUCUCCAAGAUCUCAAAGACAGCGCCUUUGGAAUAAUCUCAAGUGAUUGGCAAGAAAACAUCACGAAUCGAGCAAAAACGGAGCCCCAGAUGGGUAGGAUACGGCCAUACAUGUUUGCUCCAGCAGCCGAUCGCGACAAAUUUGGACCAACGCCUUCCCUCGACGAUGUCCUCAUCUUAACCGACGAGGCCAGAAGUUGUCAUGAUAGAAAGCAAAACGAAGCUGGAUGGAACAUGAUGGUGCAUUACCCUUUGUUGUUCAAAGCUGUCUACGGUUCACGGAAGCAAAGCCAGCUAUUGGGAGUCGCACCUUGCACAACGGCAAAGAUCAUGCAAGAAUAUCUACCAUCAGCAUCGCAAGCCAAGAUGGUUGACUUUUGCAUCUACCUAGACCCUAAGAGCGAUGCAAUGGCGAUAGAGAACGCUCGAAGCAUCCUUCCCUGCGGAUAUAUCAACCACACCGACUUUUAUACACUGCGAGAUCAGCCAAUCGCUCUCAGUAUCGAGACCAAGGCUCUGACGAGUACAUCAGCGGGUUCGGCCGAGUUGCAAAUAGGAACGUGGCAGUCUGCCCAAUGGCGGUUCUUGGAAGAUCUAGUGUCGCGGAAUGGUGGCUCCUUGGAUGGCCUGUCGUUCUUACCAGCCAUUAUUGUUCAGGGACACCAAUGGAGUUUUGCUGCGACGACAAGAGAAGGACAAAGAACAGUCUUGUUACCACGGCGACGUUAA